AUUGGAGAGUAUGAGGUAAAGCUUAAUCACAGAAAGCUGCUUGAUGGUAUGUUAGCUAUAUGCGGGGUGCCACAAGAGAAAUUCAGAACCAUUUGUUCAAGCAUUGACAAGCUGGAUAAACAAUCGUUUGAGCAGAUAAAAAAAGAAAUGGUGGAUGAGAAAGGCUUAAGUGAUGAGAUAUCAGACAGAAUUGGUACAUUUGUCAAAUGGAGGGGACCUCCUGUGGAAUUAUUAUCUAAGCUUAAGCAGGAACGCAGUUUCUUGGAGAACAAUGAAUCCUCACUUGCAUUGGAUGAAUUAGACAUCAUGUUUAAAGCUCUUGAGAGGUCCAGGUGUAUUGACAGAGUCGUUUUUGACUUGAGCCUUGCAAGAGGUCUUGACUAUUACACAGGAGUCAUAUUCGAAGCUGUCUUUAAAGGAGCUACUCAGGUUGGUUCGAUUGCUGCUGGUGGACGUUAUGACAAUCUAAUAGGGAUGUUUGGCACACGGCAGGUUCCUGCUGUUGGGAUUAGUCUGGGAAUCGAGAGAGUAUUUGCAAUCAUGGAACAGGUUCAGAAAGACAAGAAUCAGGAAAUCCGAGCCACUGAAACUCAAGUUCUCGUUAGCAUUCUUGGUGAUGACAGUGCUUUAGCUGCUGAGUUGGUUGGUGAAUUGUGGAAUGCUAAAGUGAAAGCAGAAUUCAUGAUACAUAAAAAAGUGAUGAAGCAUAUUGAUCGGGCCAGAGAUUCGAGGAUCCCUUGGAUGGUACUUGUUGGUGAACGUGAACUUAGCGAAGGAGUUGUAAAAUUGAAGGAUGUUGUUGCAGCUAUUGACUAUGAAGUCCCCAGAGGUAACCUUGUGAACGACUUAUGCAGACGAUUAGACAUGUAAUAUCUCAAGUUAUUAAUAUUGUUAGAUUGAUACAAGAAUGCUUUUUUGGGGGGUGGGGGUUAAAAUCCUCCAUUUUGGUGGGGGUUAGCAUUGACCCCUACCUGUCCAUUAAUCACAAGUUACAUUUUGAGAACCCAUUACGUGUGAAAUAAACUAAACUGAGAUUCUGUAAGUGCAUUUUACAUUGAUGGGAGGACUCCUUCCUUUAACACUUAGUCUAACUUUAAAAUGGAUU